GCUAUAACUUAUGAUUGCCCUUUGGUAAUAAAACUAGAAUUUAAAAUAUAAACCAACCCGGUCUGUUAAUAAAUAUGACUUUUGUUGGUUGAUGUACCUUUUAAGAUCGAUGCUUCCUUUCCCAGAACUCAUUUACAUAAAAAGGAACAGUCCUAAUUAUGAACUCCGGGUUAAAAUAAUGUUUUACCACUUGUCAAAAGACACAAUCUUGAAUCCAAAAAAUAUACUUCAAUAAUCAUGGCAAAUUGGAAUGAACUUCCACUGGAGGUACUGAUCAAAAUCUUUGCUUUCGCAGUAACGCCAUAUUGGUUUAGUGGGAAGACGUUGAAGGAAUACCUGCUUAUUUCGAAACAUUGGUCAUUAGCUAGCCGAAGUAGUGCCUACGCAAACGUGAGGUUAAAGAUGGACCAUAUCGACGCAUUUCUUAAAUGCAUGCUCAAGUCCAGCAAUGGUGCAUUUGUCAAAACCAUAUAUUGGACUUGCAUAAUAAAUAAAGAUACUCUAGAGGCCAACCUGGGUCGACUCCUAGCAGCAUGUCCAAACGUUAUCGAUUUAGGAUUAGGAUGGACACAACCAAAUGAGUCGAUUUUUUCAAAGCUGUUAUUAUUGCAUUUUACGAGUAAAAAUGGAUUAAAACUAAGGUUUAUUCCGAUACGCUUUGAAGAAACUGAAAAUGCUGUUCGAACAUACGGAUAUCUGGCAUGUGCCUUAAAAAAGACAUUGGAACAUAUUAAGGUGUAUGAUUGGCCCAAGGUUGAGGGUGAAUAUGUUAUAAAUGAGUCAGCAGAUAGUUUAGAUAAAUUUAAAAACCUCAGAAUCAUUGAAUUCCAUUUUAAAGAUCAUGAUAAAAUCUUCCAAGUUGGCUCAAAAAUACAAAAUUGCCCAACCAUUGAACAAUUAAGGAUCUAUCCAAACACACAGACUUUUAAUAUGCAAGCGAGAACUACCACCAUGCUGAUGGAAUCUUUCAACGUACAGCCUCUCCCGAAUAUCAAAGAUCUAUGUAUAUUAGAUGCAAAAGUACCCGUCGAUAGUAGAUUGCUGGAGUAUGUUAUGCACUUAUUCCCCAAAUUGCAGCGUUUAAUGGUAGCCGAAAAUACUUCAAGUCCUGGAGGUGAGAUGGCUAUACCUGUUGAUGUCAUGCCUUAUUUACAACAAAGAGGCCAACAGGUCUCUGUUGAACUUUGGAUUAAAUUCUUCAACUACCUGAACGCAAUGGAGAGCUACAGUGUAUCCACCAUGUUUAUCAAGGAUUAUUUGGAUGUCUUUGCUCAUUUUCCCACUUUCUGUGAGUGUCUGGAAAUCAUAUAUGGUCGUGACGAAGUGGUGCCAAUUGAACCUUACAUCAGCGUUUUUAACAAUUGGGGUGAUACACAAAUUAUCAAAGACAUGCACUCAGAAGACAUUUUCUCGCGUCGUACCUUAAUCUAUCUUCCUCCCUACGAGAAUAGAGCCAGUGUGGAUUUUGAAUCGAUUGUUGGAAUACUCGAAUCGACUAUAAAGGCCUUGCAUAUUGAAAUGGAAGAUAGUUUUGGGUAUGACCUUCAAAGAAGGAUACUGUGUUAUGCUUUGGAACACUGUUCCGUCUUGAACACAUUGUGGAUAACAAAUGGAAAGCUUUCUGAUUUCGAUUCUAGCCCUUUUGUGGUGAACAAAUCUUUGGGGUGUCUACGUUUUAAAGAAUGCAUGAUUCAAGAUGAAUAUCUUUACGAACUUUCUGGUCGAUUGCCUAAAAAAAUAGAAGCCCUGGUUUUUAUGGACUGUACUUUGGGCGAAGAACCGCGUGGAUCGUUUGUGAUGAUUGAUAUGCCUUACGUAUCGCUUGGCUGUCUGGCUUGGAAGGAACAUGGUCCCCCUAGGCGUGAGGAAAUAGUUUUCAUCAAAAUCACCAAAGACCAGGGUAUAUCUUCUUAUUAUAAAAUACCUCUUAGUCGUAAGAUGACUGUAUCUUCGUCUGUGCAUUUUAAUGAAUCCAAAGAUAAUGAUCGUAUCUUCACCAUACACAUCCGAUGCUUCGAUAUUGAGAGCUUAUUGGUGCAGAGGAUGGGGUGUGAUUUUGGUUUUUAUUUAACGGAUCCAAUCGAGGUGUGUGGUUCAGACAAUAUUUUUGACAACCACAGCGACAUAUUUAACAUGAUAUAACUUGCGAUUAUAUUUGAUAAUAAAACUAAAUUUUAAAAUACAAACCAACUCUGUCUAGUUAUGAAUAUGACUUUUUUUAGCGAUGCGCAAGCCACUCAUCAUCCUUAAAACGAGUGUAACAUAGGUUUUGUAUCUAUACAGUUUUUGAGAUCGA